AUGGAUUAUAAGACAGAAUAAAGAUAAAAACUAUUUAGAAUUUCUAAUCCUGCUCAGAAAGCCCAAACUUUAGUACCAAGACAGUUAAGAGAUGACAGUUUAAAACCAUAGCAAUAACAAUAAAUGUAAAAAAUAGUUGUUAGUGAUGAUUAAUUGAGAAAGUAAAAUGAGUAACUAAAAUCUGAGCUGACGGCAACUAAGGAAUAAUAUAAAAUUUUACAAGAGGAUUAUAAAAAAUUAUAAUCCAAAUAUCAAAAUCUAUAAUCAUAGAUGAGAGGACCACAUUAAGAGAUGCUGAUGGCUCAAGAAAUGUAAAGGCAUUUAAGACAUUACUAAUACUAUGAAUUUAUUUAAGAAGCAAUGAUGCCUCAACAGUAAUUCUAGACAGAUGGAAUGACUUAUGAAUAAAUAUUAGAAUUAUAAGAGUAAAUUGGGCACGUUUCAAAAGGUCUUACCAAAUAGGAAAUCAAAAAAAUUCCAAAGAGAUAGGUCAACCAAAAAUAAAAAGACCCAUGUACUAUUUGUUACAACGAUAUCGAAAAAUUUGAUAAAAUCAGAGAAUUAAAGUGUAGACAUUAGUACCAUUCUAAAUGCAUUAAAAAAUGGCUACUUUCUUAAAAGAAAUGUCCCAUCUGUUAAACAGAAGUAUGAUUUAAAAAUAAAUAAUAUCUUAUUGCUAUUUA